GGGGAAAAGGGAGAAAAAGAUAAAUAAAAAGAAGAAAACGAAAAUAGAAUUUAUCAAGUUUCCGCCGCUGCUCUUACCCACACGGCAGCACCGAUCUUGAAUUCCUAACCGACGAUUUUCCCUCGGCUUUCUCUCUCCGUCCCUCCAUCUGCAAUCUCCUUUCGUAUUCCUAAAUCCAAUUGGGUUUUUGUUUUUUUUUUUUUUAAAUUUUCGUUUGACCAAAAUUUCAUAUUCGGGUACUUUCUUCUGAGUUUCCAUUCGCGAUCUGCACUUUUUGGGAGAUUUUCAACUUCGAAAAAACCCGUUUAGGGCUUGAAUCUAUUAGGUCUCUGUGUCGAUUUCUUCUCGUUUGAUUUCCGUCGCUGUUAUUUCAUCUGGGUCUGAUAUUUCGUGGGUUGGGAUUUCGAUUCGGUUUCGUUCUGGUUGAGGGAUGUUUUCCUCGUCAAUUUUCGGUUUAGGGCAUCGAGAAUUCUAGAUUCUUAUUCUCAAAUUUUAGGCUUUUGGGAGGAAACUUCUUUUCUCUUUGCGAAACGUGAUGGGGAGCGCAGAGGGGCUGGGUAAUUCACCGUUACCUGCUAAUCAAGCGGUGCCGAAGUGCUAUGGUGUGACGAAGCCGAUAUCGAUGGCGGGGCCUUGUGACACUGAUGUGCAAAGAAACAAGGAGCUAGAAAAGUUUCUGGUUGAUGCUGGCUUGUACGAAAGCAAAGAGGAAUCUGCCAAGAGAGAAGAGGUUCUUUCCCGUAUAGGACAGAUUGUGAAAGACUGGGUGAAACAACUUACCCGCAUUAAAGGUUAUACAGAUCAAAUGGUGGAGGAUGCAAAUGCUGUGCUUUUCACCUUUGGUUCCUAUCGUCUAGGGGUGCAUGGACCUGGAGCUGACAUAGACACGCUAUGUGUUGGGCCAUCUUAUGUGAACAGGGAGGAAGAUUUCUUUUAUAUAUUGCAUAAUAUUUUGGAAGAAAUGGAGGAAGUGUCUGAGUUGCAGCCAGUUCCAGAUGCUCAUGUCCCAGUGAUGAAAUUCAAGUUCGAUGGAAUAUCCAUUGACCUACUUUAUGCUAGUAUAUCUUGCUUGGUUGUGCCUGAAGAUUUGGAUAUCUCUGACGUGUCUGUGCUAUAUAAUGUUGAUGAGCCUACUGUUCGGAGUCUUAAUGGUUGUCGGGUUGCUGAUCAAAUUUUAAAACUUGUUCCAAAUAUUGAGAAUUUUCGAACAGCACUUAGAUGCUUGAAGUUUUGGGCUAAAAGGCGUGGUGUUUAUUCAAAUGUGACUGGGUUUCUUGGUGGCGUAAACUGGGCACUUCUUGUAGCACGAGUUUGUCAGCUUUAUCCAAAUGCAGUACCCAGUAUGCUGUUGUCUCGAUUUUUUAGAGUUUAUACCCUUUGGCGUUGGCCAAACCCUGUUAUGUUGUGUGCAAUUGAGGAGGAUGAUCUUGGGUGUUCUAUAUGGGAUCCUCGUAAAAAUCCUCGUGAUAGAACUCAUCAUAUGCCCAUAAUAACACCUGCAUAUCCAUGCAUGAACUCUAGCUACAAUGUUUCUACAAGUACGCUCCGAGUUAUGAUGGAACAGUUCCAGUUUGGUAACAAAGUUUGUGAGGAAAUUGAGCUGAAUAAAGCGCAGUGGAGUUCUCUUUUUGAGCCAUAUUUGUUUUUUGAAAGCUACAAGAAUUAUUUGCAAGUUGAUAUAGUAGCAGCUGACGCGGAUGACCUACGCUCUUGGAAAGGAUGGGUAGAAUCUCGGCUUAGGCAUUUGACAUUGUUGAUUGAGAGGAAGACUGAAGGGAAGUUACAGUGCCAUCCUUAUCCACAUGAAUAUGUUGACACAUCCAAGCCAUGUGCCCAUUGUGCAUUUUUCAUGGGUCUGCAGAGAAAGCAGGGAGAGAUAGUUCAAGAAGGCCAGCAGUUUGAUAUACGUUCAUCAGUUGAUGAAUUCAAGCAUUAUACGAGUUCCUACAUGUUCUGGAAACCAGGAAUGGAAAUCUUUGUUUCUCAUGUCCGUAGAAGGCAGAUCCCUCCUUUUGUCUUCCCAGAAGGUCAUAGACGAUCUCGUGCUUUAAGGUUGUCAGCUUUGCAAUGCUCUGAUGGACCAAAUCAAGAUGUACAAAAUGGUAGGAGUUGCAAUAGUGAAAGAUACCUUAAGAGAAAAAAUGAUCUUGCUCGAAUUGAAGGGGAGGAUGAUUCUCCCCAAAAACGGCAAUCUAUUAGUCCUAAAAGGCAGGAUUCAGUUUCAUCCAAUAUCAGCAUUUUUUCAAAUACUGCUUCUUCUGAGCGUCCGGAAGCUGACAUUGAAGCUAAAACUAUCAUUGAGAAGAAUAGUCUGUGUCAGACUAUCACUCGCGACAACGAAGAGUUGACUUUUGGUGGCUCUAGUAUUGGUAGUGGUUUUUCAAGGAAAGAAUCUAGCAGUGUAGAGAGUGAAAAGGGGUCUACUGCAGAGAUAUUUGAACCAGACAAAGUUCCUCUUACCGAAAUUGAAUCUCAUAGAUGUGCGUCUAAUUCCAGUGUGAUCACUACCUUAACAAGUGAAAGCAGUUCCUGCGAGAAUGUUGGGUUUGCAUUAGCAGCAGGUAUUAGUGAAGGCAAUGCUGGGAGUAUAGAAGAAAGUGCUGAUGAAAGCAACAAUCCGGGAACAUCUGUUGUUGAUUCAUGUGAGGCAGAUUCUGUACUUCAGUUGGAUGAUAGCUGUGUAAAUGGAGAUAGCAUGCAUAUGGAGACAGAGCCAAAUGCUGUGCUUGGGAUGGCAUUAAAUCCUGGAGGUGGGGUUAAGUCUACAACUAUCCAGAACCCAGUGAUAAGGUUGAGUAUGGCCUCAACCGCGUGAGAGAAAGCAAAGUAAGAGCAUUAUAAUAUGAUGAUCUAUA